AUAAAAUGUAAUGACGUCACACAUGAGGAUGUCACUCAGAGUGCGGAGAUGAAUGGAGUACCAAUGCAGGAUUUACAACUCCCCUUGUCCUCUGAUUUUGGCCUGCCUUCGGCACAUGUGUCCAUACAUGAGGAUACAGUGCAAACAUCACAGGAUUUGCUUUUAAAUUCGAGCAGCCAACUAUCCCCAUCAACCUCAGCUCACGGCUCAGGAAAUCCAGAGAGCACGCAACGUGCAUCAAUUCACAGGACAAAGGUUGUUGAAGAUCUUUUGGCUGUAUUUAUGGACAGUAGCAUAAUACAUUUGACUCUAAAGAUGGACUUUGUAAAUGAAAAAGCUAUUGAUGAUAAUGGAGUAUCAAGGGAGGUUUACACUGCAUUCUGGGAGCAAUUUCUUGAAACGUGUGAAGGGGAAGCAGAGCGAGUUCCAAGGCUGAGGCCAGAUUUCUGUGAGGCUGAAUGGCAAGCAGUUGGACGGAUCUGGGUGAAAGGAUUACUGGACCAUGGUGUCAUGCCAGUGAGGCUAUCAAAGGCUUUCAUUGUAGCCUGCAUUCAUGGAGUCCACUCCGUUGAUGUAGACAUCCUGAUGACAUCGUUUCUCAACUACCUCUCUCCUGUUGAGAGAUCAGCUGUGGAGAAGGCUCUCCAGGGCACAAUGGAGGAGAGUGAUGAAGAGGACUUGCUCGACCUUUUCACAAGGAUGGGUUCCCAUUUCCUACCUGCAAAGAACAACAUGGAGCCUGCCAUAGAAACAAUGGCUCAUAAAGCCAUUCUCCAAGAGCCAAAGUAUAUCGUUGAUUGCUUCUUGACACCCAUGUCACUUGUACAGUUGCAACUGCCAGACAAGGACAGUGUGUUGUCUCUGUAUGAGAAGAAGAAAGCCACAGGCAGAAGAGUGUCCCAACUGUUUGAAACAACCAACGUGGUGUUGUCUCAGAGAGAACAGACAACUUUCAACCAUCUCCAACGAUAUGUGAAAAAUGCUGACCAAGCCAAAGCUGAACAAAUCCUGCGUUUCUGCACUGGUUCUUCUGUCAUAUGUGUUGACAGAAUUGGGGUGUGCUUUAAUGCUGAAACUGGGCUCAGCAGAAGGCCUGUUGCUCAUACCUGUGGAGCUACCCUUGAAAUACCGUGUACCUACAGCUCUUUCCCUGAAUUUCGCACGGAAUUUGACAAUAUCCUGUCCAGCAACUACUUUGAAAUGGAUAUUCUUUGAACUUGAGAGCAGUCGUUAUCAGGCCUAAUAGUAACAGUUUGGAAUAUUAUUUUGAUUUGAUAUUUUUGUUGUUUGUUUUGUCAUUGAAACAACUGAUGCACUGAACCGUGUAAUGAGCAGUCUGCAAUUCUAUUUUCUGCUUUAACAAGGAUAUUACC